AUGCGACAUCAAAUGAGCGGUGAAAAUUUCGGGCGCAAUGCGCUUCGCACAGCUCGCAGCUGGGAGACAUUCUCCAGCCGAGAGGCAGCAACAUAUGAGCAGCUGCGUUUUCUGCACAGCUGUGUUCGCGCAGGACUGGCAACGAAGAGCCUACGUUACAAGACUCCAGUGAAUACUGAACUGGGUGGAGACGUUGCGCAACGUUUUCGCAAGCAAAUGACAAGGGUGUUGAUCAACGACUGCCAUUUGCGCCUACAAAAGUACCGCGCCGUCAUUGAACAGAAAAGGACAGAGUGCGCAAUAUUGUUUGACGAAUUGGUUACUGAUUCUUUUGGCCGAACAAUAUCUAUCUUGGCGAAAAGGAUACAGGAGUUAACGCGCAUGAACCUAGAGCAGAAGUUCGGAAAAUUGAAAGCGGGAUACAAGACGAACAAAAAUGUGGUGCACAAUCUAUCUUCCAGGCAGUUAACGGAAAAAGAAUUGACAGUGCUGAGUCGUGAAGCCAACUUUAAUACGGCAGAUGCUAAACCAGCCGAAUAUAUUGCCGCGUUUGAAGCCAUGCUAAUAAGAACUAACGCAACCGACGAGGCUAAACGCGUCAUACGACAGAAGGUCACCUCCUUACUGCUGAAGAACAGGCGCACCAAUAAUAUGUCGCCCGCAGAAAUAGAAGCAAUGAAGGAAUUAAAAAUGGACAAAGAAAUAAUAGUGCUGCCAGCUGACAAAGGGAGAGCAACCGUCGUGAUGAACCGCGUCGACUACAACGAAAAGGCCCAAGCCCUCCUCGACGACCAACAGUCCUACAAAUCCACGCCUUCCUCGCGAGCCAAAUCGAUGACUGGUCGACUAACCGGACUCCUGAACCUACUGAAACGCAACAGUGCGAUAUCGCUAGACGAAUGGCGACAGAUGAAACCAAAGGAAACGGCACUGACCCGAUUUUACGGAUUACCCAACAUCUACAAGCCCAAUGUUCCACUUCGACCGAUCGCUGCCUUGAAAGGCAGUCCCACUUACAAUCUAUCCAAGAGGAUGGCCCGAAAACUUAACUUUCUCCAAGAAGGCUCGAGGACCUCUAUGAAUUCGGCCUCCCAAUGCCUGGUCGACGUUCGAGGAAAAGUUGUCCGACCGGAUCAGAUUAUGGUGUCCUUUGACGUGGUCUUAUUAUUCACAUCCAUUCUUCGCAAACGACUCGAAGAGAACUACGACGAAACAAACAGACCCCUAAAAAUCGACCACUUGCCGCAACUCUUUGCCUUUUGCCAACAAAUCUUUUUCACCUCCAAUGGCAGAACAUACGAGCAGAUCAAAGGAACGCCGAUGGGUUCGCCAAUAUCCAGCCUGGUUGCAGAAAUAGUCCUAUAG